AGGGCCCUGCCCCUAAGAUACAAGGGAUUUGAGCUCUGGGUUUGCAGCCUGGUUGGGUGUGUGGUGGUGGGGCUGGGAAGGGCUAGGAAGGCUAAGUAAGCGGGUUUGUGAACCUGAACUGCAUUUGCCCUACAUCCAGUAAGGUGAGAGCAGUAACUGCAGCUCAGCACCGAAUUUGGAGGUGUCUUGGCUGACAUGGAGGGACCUGUCCCCAUCCAGGACGCCAUGCUGACCGACACGGAGCCCUCCAACACCAUCAAACUGCUGCACCUGCUUUUCCUCUCCACGUCCUGGGGAAUGCAGAUCUGGGUGACUUUCGUAGCCGGGUUUGUGAUGAGCAGACACCUCCCUCGCCACACCUUCGGCUCCAUCCAGCGCGAGCUCUUCCCCUACUACUUCCACAUCAGCUCCACUUGCGCCUUCCUCAACUUGACUCUGUUUGCCAUGUGCCACCCCAGCGAGCACCUCAGCGAGGAACAUACGACCCAGAUCAUCCUCUUCUUUGUUUGCAUCGCUGCUUCUGUGCUGAACACACAGUGGUUCGGGCAGGUCACCUCCGACAUCGUGGCAGACCUGCACGCUGUGGAGCGCAGCCACGGCCUCGGCCAGGAGGUCGGGCUGGUGGCCAGCGAGUCCCGCAGGAACCUGCGAGCCUCCAACCCCAGCUACAGGCAGCUGUGCCGGCAGUUCGCCCUCUACCACGCUCUGUCCUCCCUCUGCAACCUCUGCUGCGUUGUGUGCAAUGGCCUGAGCCUGUACCACCUGGCUGCCAAACUCUCUGCCCUGUGAGGGCAGGGCACUGCAAGGCGAUCGAUGGCCGCCUGGCCAGAGCCAACAUACCGUGAAAAGCGAGCCAUCCUGCUGCCUUGCUGUGAAGUAACUCUGAGGUUUGGAGAUUAAAUUGCAACAUCCUCAGGUGGAGAUACUCUUACUGUAUUUGGGCAUGGUGCAGAAAUUCAGGAAUAGCAAAAUGGAAAUGCUUUCUCUG